AUGCUGUGGAGUUUCCUAAAAUCUCUCAAAGGUUCACAAAACCCAAAUAAGCAAUGGAUGGUUGUGUGCGACUGCUCCAGCUUCCUGACCAAAAGGAACAAGCAGACUUAUAACACCAAGUCCAAUAAUCUGAAGACCCACAACUCCUUCUGCUACAAUGGGCUGAUUCACUGCAAGAUGGUGGAUGUGGAGCCAGCAGCCAAUGGCAAAGGUGUUGUGGUUAUCAUAAAGCAGAGAUCAAGCCAGCGAAAGCCAGCCACCUUCUACAUGUGGACCACCAUCAAUGAGAAUGCCCAGACUACCUUCAGCAGCAUCUGGCACAUGAUCCACAAGAAAAGACACGGCCUGGACUUGCGCAUGGCCACCAUCUGUAGAGCCAGUGCCAUCCUGUGUAGCCAGAAGUCUGUGACGUUGAUGAGGAAGUGGGCUCACCCCACUAACAGCUCCUGA